GCUGUCAAUGUUAACUAUAUUUUUAUAAUAACUUGAAAUUUGAAUCUAAAUUAGUUCUUGUUUACUUCUAGGUUAUAUACAUUUAUUUAUUGGUCAGUUCUUCUAGGCCCUCGUUCCAAAAAUGUUAAUAAUUUAAAUUUUAUUAAAUAAAUAUUAGGCCCGAAAAUAAAAUGAUACGACAUGUCCACAGUUUCCCAGUUAUUUAUUCGCCCAGGAGAUAUGUUUCAAGCACAACUAGAAUAGUAAAAAAACAGAAUUUACCAGGGCCUGCAUACAAGCCGGAGUUAGUAGAAAACAGUAAAUACGAUAAAUGGGAAAGGAAAGGAAUAUUCUCUGCGGACCCUGCCAGUCAUAAACCACACUUUAGUUUAGUAUUACCGCCGCCGAAUGUUACAGGCAAACUUCAUUUAGGUCACGCUUUGUCAUGCACAAUACAAGACGUGAUAGUCAGGAGAAAGAGGUCAUUGGGUGUCAAUGUGUUAUGGGUGCCAGGCACAGACCAUGCUGGAAUAGCUACUCAGGGUGUAGUAGAAAAGUACCUGAAAUCCACUCAGAAUGUCAACCGUCAUGACUUAGGCCGCGAUAAUUUUAACAAGGAAGUUUGGAAAUGGAAGGAGCGACAUGGCAACACUAUUUGCCAACAACUAAGAAUAUUGGGCAGUUCCUUAGACUGGUCCCGAGAAUCAUUUACCAUGGACGCUUUACAUACAAAUGCAGUGAACAGUGCAUUUAUAAAUCUAUUUAAAAAAGGUUUGAUUUAUAGAAAAAAAGCUCUAGUCAACUGGUGUAAUGCCUUAAACUCAACUGUGUCGGACAUUGAAGUUGAGAAUUUACAUAUAAAUGGUCCAACAGAAUUAAUGUUGCCAGGUGAUGAAAAACCGGUGACAUUUGGGUUAAUUUACGAUUUUGCGUACAAAGUAUAUGGGAGCAAUGAAGAGAUUGUUGUUUCGACAACUAUGCCGGAAACUAUGUUGGGUGAUACUGCGAUUGCUGUUCACCCUCAAGAUAACAGAUAUAAACAUUUGAGAGACAAAAAGGUACUCCAUCCAUUCAGAAAAAACGUAAUACCUAUUAUUUUUGAUGAUUUUGUGGACAUUUCAUUCGGUACGGGAGCUGUUAAAAUAACACCAGCGCAUAGCAAAGUCGAUUUCGAUGUAUCCAAACGACAUAAUUUGCCAGUUUUACAAGUUUUAAGUGAAUCUGGAAUGAUGCAAAAUGCUGGUAUUUUCAAUAAUAUGAAAAAAUAUGAAUGUAGGAAAAUAUUAAUUCAAGAAAUGAAAGAUUUGGGUAUUCUCAAAUCAGUGGCACCACAUCAAAUGACCCUGCCUAUAUGCAGUCGCACUCGAGAUGUUAUUGAUUAUAUACCAAAAGAACAAUGGUUUCUAUCGUGUAGCGAAUUGAACAAACGAGCAGCACAAGUUGUCAUAGAUAAACAAUUAAAUAUAGAACCAGAUAAGUUUAUAAAAAACUGGUUGAAUUGGACCAGCGAUAAUAGAGAUUGGUGUAUAUCGAGGCAACUAUGGUGGGGUCAUCAAAUACCUGCUUAUAAAUGCUGUGCAAAAAAUAAUAUAGUUUGGAUAGCCGCAAUGGACGAACAAUCAGCUAGAUUACAAGCUUCUAAAUACCUUAGAAGUUUACCAGAAGAUAUCAUAGCUGAGAGAGAUAGAGAUGUUCUAGAUACUUGGUUCUCUUCGGGAAUUUAUCCAUUUUCAUCCUUAGGCUGGCCUGACCAUCAUUACAAUGAUACCUAUAGUAGAUUCUAUCCGUUGAAUUUGAUGGUCACUGGGCACGAUAUUCUUGGGUUUUGGGUGCAUAGAAUGGUUAUUUUAGGUAUAGAAUUAACCGGACAGUUACCAUUUAACAAUGUUUUGUUGCACGGUAUUAUCUGCGAUGGUAAAGGUGCGAAAAUGUCCAAAAGUCGUGGAAAUGUUAUAGACCCGAUUGACGUCAUUAAUGGUAUAACAAUGGAAGGUUUGAGAGAUAAGGCUUUAAAUAUGCAUAACAAUGGAGUUCUAAGCAAGGAUGAAUUAAACAAAGCUGUGGCAUAUCAGAAAACUAAUUUCUCAAACACAAACGGUAUUCCGGAAUGUGGGGUAGAUGCAUUACGCUUUACGCUCCUAUCCCAAGAUAUAAAGUCUCAUUUUAUUAACUUCGACGUUAGCCAAUGCCACGCGAAUAAGUUAUUUUGCAACAAAAUCUGGCAAAGCAUUAAGUACAUGCAAAUAUGUUACGGCAAAUUGAAGAAUAACGACGAAGAAGUAACUAUAAACGAUCUGACUUAUUUCGAUAAAUGGAUUUUAAGUAGGCUGUCGAAUAUGGUUGAAAAAGUCAACGAUUCUAUGGAUACUUAUGAAUUUCAUAUCGCGGCUAAAUCUUUAAGAACGUUAAUAUACAACGAAUUCUGUGAUGUUUACUUGGAAGCGACGAAGCCGGGCUUCGAUGAUGGUAAACCUAUAACUGGUUAUGCUCACGCGCAUACUUUAUCAGCAGUUUUAAACGUAUCCUUACGAUGCCUCGCCCCAUUCAUGGUAUACCUUACCGAUGAACUGAUUCCGAAAAUACCCGCAUUUGAAAAAAACAUAAUACAUAAUUUCGCCGACUUAGAAAAUGAUUAUUUCGAUUUUCCUCACACCAAAGAUAUUAUUGUAUGGAAAAACGAUGAUUUAGAAAUGAGAAUUAACAAAGUAAUCAGCACGAUUAACUUAUUGCGCGAACUGAAAGGCUUAUACAAUAUGCCAAAUAAAUUAAAACCUUUAGUGUUUGUUAAAACUCAAAAUGAAUCAUUGAUAGAAGACGUUAAGAACAGUAAGAAAAUAGUACAACACUUAUCGAGAAUAGCAAACGUAGUAUUUAACGAGGAGCCGCAAAAUAAUUGUGCUAACGCAGUAUUAGAUGAAGAUACGGAAAUAAGCAUAGAAAUUUUAAGUGCCGAUAUGGAAAAUACAAUUUUAUCUGCUCGAGACAAAUUACUUAAAAAGCUACAUAAAUUAGAGCAAGGUCUACUACAAUUUGAAAAUAAAAUAUCUAGUAUUAGCUACGUUAACAACGCGUCAGAAUGGACUCAAAUUUUGGACAGAGAAAAGCUUCAUUCGAAGAAAGAGGAACUCAAAAGGUUGCAAAGACUGAUUUAAGUUAAGAUUGUGAGAUAAAGACAUGCUAUCGUUGGUAUUAUAAGUGUCACGUCGUGUUCCUCAUUGCCGAGGGUUGUGACCCCUUCCACUUACAACCUUUCGGAUGAUUUUGUGUGCCGUCUACGGGAUUCGUAGCAUUCUCCAGCACCAAACCAGAUAUUAUUAUAAAGUCAAAGGUCAAAGUCAAAAAUAUCUUUAUUCAAGUAGGCCUUAAUAGGUGGCACUUUUGAUAUAAGUGUAACUUAGUUUAAAAAAGUUAAAGCUUUACUAGUAACAAUAAUGGAGUUUGUAUUUUUGGUUGUGUGUUUAAACGUACUAAAAUAAACUAAUAAUUUUAUUUUUUUUGCUUUUAAUAGUUAAAUUAAGUUGCACACGGAAAUCACGGAGAAAUGCUGGUGUUUUUAAUAAAACUAAAUAAUUUGUCUAAGGCAAUAUAAUAUUUAAAAUGUAUGA